AAGCGGCCCAGACCGAACCCUAAACCCACCCCGCAUCGCACCCGACCUCCUCACAGCGGCGGCGGCGGCGGCGGCGCUCACCGUCCGGCCGUGACCCUCCCCCACCCGAUUCUUCUCCUUGCUGCUGGGCAAUCCCCGGGCAUGGCCGCGAAGGGCGGCAGCGGCGGCGGGGCGGGGACGCUCAAGUCCACCUCCAUCAACGGCGUCAAGCUCUACUCCGUCACCGGCAAGAACUACGUCGCCCCGUGGGUCCUCGCCAAGAAGAAGCGCUCCCUCCGCAAGGACGCAGAGUACCAGCGGCGGCUGGAGCUGAUACACGACCUCAGGUUCGAGACUGCCACCACCAGGAUCAAGGUCACCCCCGACGGCCAGUAUGUCAUCGCCUCAGGUAUUUACCCCCCACAAAUGAAAGUCUUUGAGUUGAAAGAAUUGUCGAUGAAGUUUGAGAGGCACAUGAUCUCAGAAAUUAUCGAUUUCGAGGUCCUUGGUGAUGACUACUCAAAACUCGCCUUUUUGUGUGCCGAUCGUUCUGUAUGCUUGCAUGCAAAGUACGGAAGCCAUUAUAGCGUCAGAAUUCCAAGAAUGGGAAGGGACUUGGCCUAUGAUUGCUGGUCUUGCGACUUGCUAUGUGCUGCUUCGUCAUCAGAUCUUUAUAGAAUCAACUUAGAGCAGGGAAGGUUCCUCGCUUCUCUUACUUCCCAAUCUCCAGCAAUAAAUGUGGUUACACGGAGUAUGAUCCAUGGGCUUGUUGCUUGUGGUGGUGAGGAUGGUGCAGUUGAAUGCUUUGACAUGAGGAGGAAGUCUUCUGUUGGCAGAAUUAAUACAACUUCUUCUUCUGAAGAUGUUGAUCAGGAGGUCACGUCUUUGCAGUUCGAUGAAAAUCAAGGGUACCUUCUGGCUGUAGGGAGCAGCAUAGGAAAGGUAUCGAUAUAUGACAUACGCAUGUCUUCGCCUCUGCGAGUCAAGGAUCACAUGUAUGGCAGUCCAAUUUUGAAUAUCAAGUGGCACCAGACACUUAAUUCUACCGAACCUAAACUGAUAACUGCUGAUAAGCAUAUAGUGAGAGUUUGGGAUCCUAAUACAGGAAACAACAUGACCAGCAUUGAACCUGAUAAUGGCUCUAUCAAUGAUGUUUGCAUCUUUCCGAAUAGUGGUUUAAUGCUAUUAGCCCUGGACAACAGCCAGAUACCCGCCCACUUUAUUCCUGCACUUGGCCCUGCUCCAAAGUGGUGCUCACAUCUUGAUAACCUAACUGAGGAGAUGGAAGAGAAACAAGAAAACACAUUAUAUGAUGAUUACAAAUUUUUGACUGAAGAAGAGAUGGAGCGAUUGGGUCUCUCUGAGUACAAAAACAGUGAUGCUGUCAGAGCACAUUUACAUGGAUAUGUUAUACACUAUGAUCUAUAUAAGAAGCAACGGGCUAAACUUCAUAUUGCUGAUUAUGAGACUAUUCAAAAGGAGAUGAAGGCAAAGAAAAUAGCAGCACUAAGGACAUCUCGUAUAACGCAAGUUGUCAAAAUACCAAAGGCUAACCGGCAACUUUUGGAGAAGAUACAAACCGAGGAAGAGGAAUUGGAUGCUGGUGUGGAGAAUGUUAGUAAAUCAAGCAUCAGGAAGAAGAAAAUAAAACUAGAAAUGUAUAAGUCAUUAUUGACUGAUCCACGUUUCGAAGAGAUGUUUAAUAAUAAGGACUAUGAAAUUGAUGAAAAUUCAAGAGAAUAUGAAGCACUCCAUCCUCAAGUGGCCACAAAGGAACCUCAUUUAAUCGAGGAACAUUUCGAGAGUGUUAGUGAAGAUGAAGACGAACAAGAUGCUGGUUCGUCUGAUGCGUCAGCAGAGUCUGACAGUGACACUGGCAUGCAUAACUCAAAGCGUAUAAGGUUGUAUGAAGUGAAGGAUGGACGCCAUGCCGAGGCGUUUUUGAACAGUGUCUCCCUCGGCAACCAGGAAGCUGUGCCCAUUGGGGACAGGGUAGCCGCACUGGAAAGGAAGCAGAACUCACGUGCGCUCGACAAGGUGAAGUACGGGCCUGGUGGCUCGCGGGAAAUCUCCUUCAACCCUAGGAGCUCAAGAAGGCGCACCGAAGAAGAUGAGCACAGCGAAGAAGAGCAGAAAGACUACAAGAGGAGAAGCGUGCAGUCCCUGGGGCUGAAGCAAAACAAAGCUGAGUUCUAUUUGUUCGGCGGACGGGGAGGCAGAGGAGGUGGCGGGGGUGGUCGAAGCAGGGGAGGUGGAGGAGGAGAUCGUGGUAGGAGAGGCGGGGGCGGGCGUGGCAGAGGCGGCGGAGGCAGAGGUGGAGGUGGUGGCGAUUUCGGGGGCGGCGGGUUUGGGGGCGGAAGUGAAUUUGGAGGCAGAGGUGGUGGCAGAGGCAGGGGCAGGGGCAGGGGUAUGAGCAGGGGUAGGGGAGGGGGCAGGAGCAGGGGAAGGGGAAGGGACUGAGCACACACCCUCUGUUUACAUGACCCACUCGAAUGUCGCGGGGACAUUUCGUCUGGCGAAAACGACUAAGAUGGUGCGAGAUCUUGAAUCCUCACGCAUUAAUGUAAAACUGUAUCCCGCUUUACGCUAGAGUUAGGAUAGCGCGGACAAAUGCUUCCAAAAUUUUGGCAGCGAUAAAUUUUGACUGAUGCUCCAUUAUAUGGUUUGUUUGGAACUCUGGGUGUCUUUUCAACAAGAACAACUGUGAGGCAGAAUAUCCUGUUA